CGACGUCUGUCAGGCUAGCUCUGCACAUUCGUUUACACAGCGCGAGAUUUCUCUAGUUGGAGGGAGGCAUUUCGACGUUUAGUGGGGACCUCAGUCGCCUUUCUGCGAGCCUUCUCCCCUCAAUAACUUACUGCCACAUUAACAACUUUAAAGUAAACGUGUUCACACUUGAACGCCGCCGAGAAAACGAACACGAGGAGCCCUAGGAGACUUCCUUCCUCACUCACUUGUAACUACUAUGGCUGGCAGCACCGCCAAGACAGUGCACGAUAUUUUCCAAAGCAUGGAGUACGGACCAGCAGCAACUUCCAGCACUGCCACUGCACAGGCCUGGCUGGACCACCAUUCACGUUCUCUGGGCCUGUUCAUCGAUGGCAAGUUUGUCUGCCCGGCAGACCGACCGAGUCGCUCGCUGGCCGAUGCUAAAGGUGGCAACCUGUGCAGCACCGUGUGCGCCGAGGAGGACGACGUCUCCCAGUGCGCCUCCUCCGCCGUUGUGGGCCACCGGGCCUGGGGGGACCUGAGCUGCCACCAGAGGGCCAAAGUGCUGCUCAGGUCGGCGGCCGCUCUCGGGCAGCACGGCGCGUGCGUGUCGGAGCUGUGCGAGCUUUGCGAGGCGUCCUGCGCCGCCUCCAGCCUCGUCCGACUGCUGCAGUACUACGGCAGCUGGGCGCAGCUCCGAGACGCUCUCGUCCCCGACUGGAAGCCACUGGGUGUGGUGGCAGUAGUCACCUCAGAUGACUGCUCUCUCUAUUCCCUUAUGCUCAAAGUCAUACCAGCACUAGCCAUGGGCAACUCCGUCAUCGUGGUCCCCGGUCGGAGCAGCGCCCCCCCGACUCUCCUACUGGCGCAGCUUUUUACUGGAGCAGGGCUCCCUGCCGGGGCUCUCAAUGUCCUCACAGGAAGUGACAUGUCGCUGUGUGCCCGAGUGGCUCGGAACGCCAACGUCGGCUACGUCACCUACAGCGGCAACAAGCAGGAUGGGGUGUUGCUGUGUAAGUCCACGGCGGGAAUGGGCGUCCCCGUUUCUGUCUCCCCGAACAUCGGAGCGAGGUGUCCCUUCAUCGUCUUUGAGUCGGCCGACAUCGACAGCGCGGUGGACUCAGUGAUGGAGGCGGCCUUCAAGAAGAGAAGAGAGGUCCACUGGGUGCUGUGCGUGCAGGAGAGCGUGCUGGAUAGCGUCGUGGCCCGCCUCGGGCUCCGUAUGGCGGGCAUGAAGUGUGUGGCCCUGCACAGCGACGGGGACCGGGGCCUGGUGGAUGCUGCAGUGCGGGACGCUCAGCAGCAGGGGGCAACGCUGGUUCAGUCCUGCGCCGCCCCCCCCUCAGGCGCUCAGUACCCCCCCACAGUGCUCUGCGGGGCCGCCCCCUCCUCUCCCUUCGUGGUCAACCCCUCUCCCGGACCACUGCUGCCUCUCAUGACCUUCAGGAGCAACACGGAGGCAGUGGCUCUUGGGAACCACAGCCCUCACGGCCAGGCAGCCUCCAUCUGGACUGAAGACCUCACCCUGGCUUUGGAGACGGCUAAGAGUCUCUCCGUUGGCUUGGUGUGGGUGAAUUCCCACUCGGUGUCUGACCCCUGUCUGCCGGUCUCCGGUCACAAGGACAGCGGCACCUGCACUGACGGAGGACAAGAGGGUCUGUACCAGUUUCUACUCCCGUCCUCGUCUUCCUCCCCUCUUCCUCGCUCCUCCCCUGUCUCCAUGGACUACGCCAAGUUUGGAACAGCAGCGUCCCCGGCUGCUAUCAUUCCUGAUGAUACCAACCCUGCCAGCGCUCCGAAGGUCCACCUGCAGUUCGUCGGCGGUAAACCGUGUAAAUCGGUGUCUGGCUGCAGUGUGGCUGUGCGGCCACCAGGGGGCGCCACUGUGUUAGCCUACUGUCCCGAUGGAGGCCGGAAAGACGUCCGCAACGCCGUGGAGGCCGCAGUCAAGGUUCAGCCUGGCUGGAUGAAAAAGAGUCCGUCUGCACGCGCUCAGUCUCUCUACUCUCUGGCCAAGGGCCUGGAGGCAAAGAGGCGGGACUUAGCGGCAUCAAUCAGCGUCCAGACCGGCCUCUCAAUGGACGAGGCUGAUGAGGAGGUGGAGCUGAGCAUCGCCCGGCUCAGUGAUUGGGCAGCUUACUGUGACAAAGUGCAAGGAGGAUCUCCACCUGUGCCCCAGUCCGGCUCUGCGCUCUCCCUCCCUGCAGCCCUGGGGGUCGUGGGGGUCGUCCUCCCCGACGAGAGUCCCCUGCUCUCCAUGGUGACGCUUCUCGGCGCGGCCGUCGGCAAUGGCAACGCCGUCGUCAUGGUCCCCAGUGAGAAGUAUCCGCUCCCGGCCCUGGCUUUGAUUCCGGUGCUCCAGUCUUCAGACCUGCCGGCAGGAUUGGUAAACAUCAUUACAGGAAGUAGAGACCAGCUGACAGCGGCUCUGGCUACUCACAGCGUCAUAAAGGCCAUCUGGUACUGGGGCAGUGCAGAGGGCUGUCAGUACCUCCAGUACACCUGCACCAGCCCUCUGAAAACUCUGCGCCUGUCCCGCCAAAAGGAGGACGGCGUGAAGGACUGGGCUCGGUGUCAUCCCUCGCUCCUGGAGGAGGUGUGGAGAAACGCCGUGCAGUGGAAGAGCGUCUGGAUUCCGACUGCAUAAAAAGACAAGAGGAGAAAGAAAGCUCGACAGCGCUUUAAUGUCGGCCCGUAGAGUUCAGGUGUGACCUGUAAGCAAAUGAGCUGUGGCCAUGAGAAUGUUGAGAUGUCAGUAAAUAAGAAAUAUCUUAUGGCAUUUAUAAAUGAACACGAAACUUUUAAAAUGAAGGUAAAAUAAGAACGAGUUACGAGAGAGCAGAAUGAGAUCACAGGAGGUUAAAUAUAUUAACAUAUUCAAAUGUUUUAUUUUGAAAAAGAAAUCAGAACGCAAUGACAAAUACAGGAAUGUGUCACUUAAAUGUGAUAGUACGGCUCUUUGUGUGUAAUAUGGAUUCACGGUGAAGGAUCAGUGUUCAGGUCGCACAAUACACAACAACAAUACGACAAUGCCUGCUCUUCAGUAGAACCGUAUGACUUCCUACCUCUAUCUAUUGUUUAUGUUUGUCUUUCCAGCCUGAUUAGCACGUAGCGACGACAAACCCGGAGAGGAAUUAUGUCUGAUCUACAUAUUCUUUUUCCUCCUGUGUUUUUAAGUACAGUGAAUUAUUCAUUUUCUAAGUUCUUUAAUUUAGUUUUUUUUAAUAAAUUUGUGAAAAGUUAAAAGGUUUCUUGUCAGACUAAACGCACUCGUGUUUUCUUCCAGGUGGGCUUUAAUUUGUCCCGGCACUCUAAACACAAGGUUAAUUUAUUGUGCGUUUGCAGGUUAUGUAACAUUACUGUCAUGUUUUCUUUUGGCUUUAUGGGUAAUUUAAUCUGUACUAAUCUGCCAUCAGGGAAAACAGCUGUUUGUUAGUCAUAAACAGAGGAGGGGAGGACAUGUAGAUAAGACUGCAUCACCGGAAGGAGAGAGAAUAUCCUCUCAUGCCUCUCAGGGCUUUUGUUAAUCUCUGUUGUAAAAGUGGCAAUUAUAAAAAUUAAUUGUUUUACUGCAAAUACAUUUUUUUUUCAGUCUACAACCUGAAACCACAUCUGCCUUCGAGUUAUGUCUGUGACCAAGCAAUUACACAAUCUUCUGUCAACGUAGCACUACAUAUGCAUAUGUGCAUAUCUUUAUCACUGGACUAUAAUAUUGUAACCUUUCUGCACGCUAACAUUCCUCGUGAAAUGAUUCCGUGUCUAAGUUCACUCUGAAACGUGUGUUUCUAGAGAAUGACUCUGUGGUGUUUACUGUAUAAAAGCCCAAAUUAAAACGUCAAUAUUCAAUCAAAUCUCAA